CACUCAACUCACACUGGCUCAAGUGCUCAACCAGCUUUGCUUAGCUAGCCACCCCUUGCACCUCCUCCCUGAUCAGUGGCUAAACGACCAGCCGCUAGCUAGCGAUCGAUCGAGAAUAUGGCUCAGGGAAGGGGCAGUGCUGCCGGCGUGCUGGCGUUGGUCCUCCUCUGCGUGCUCCUCCACGGCGAGCUCGCCGAGUCGGCCGUGUACACCGUCGGCGACCGCGGCGGCUGGAGCUUCAACACCGGCGGCUGGCCCCGGGGCAAGCGCUUCCGCGCCGGAGACGUGCUCGUCUUCAAGUACAGCCCAUCGGCACACAACGUGGUGGCGGUGAACGCCGCGGGGUACAACUCGUGCAGCGCGCCGAGGGGGGCCAGGGUGUUCAAGUCCGGCAACGAUCGCGUCACGCUGGCGCGCGGCACCAACUACUUCAUCUGCAGCUUCCCCGGCCACUGCCAGUCCGGCAUGAAGAUCGCCAUCACCGCCGCCUGAUCGAUCUGGUGGCUCCGCGCGCCGCCGCCGGACGCCGGCGAACUUAAUGUUGACUCAUUUACUCUACAAUCUACAUACAUGUCCUCCGUCAGGGAAGUAGCUUCAAUAAUUCUGUCAGUGUCUUCGUUACUGACUGGCCGUCGUGUUUAGGCCUCUGCUUGUAUGUUGCAGGUUAGUUGAUUGUUGGAAGUAUAGAGGAGUAUAAUUAUGUGAUGUGUAUUUUGAGAAGAACUUAAUAAAAGCCAUACAGAUGCGUUCUGACC